GAUAGGUUGAUUGACAACAAAAGACACUAUUUAUUUCAAGCAAUUUUGUUGUUCUAAAUGAAACUUUGCAAAUAUCUAUUCAGUACAGAGAAACUGUAAUCGAAAUUUACACAGUGGAGGAAAAAAUAUGAAGAGACGAAAUGCCGAGAGUGGCAAGAUGCGGCGCCCCGUGAAGCGCACAAAAAUCACAGAAGGAAUGUAUGGAAAUUCCUUGCUGUACCUGAAGUUCGUGUUGUUGUGGGCAACUGUAGUGCUGGCAGACUAUAUGCUCGAGUUCAGAUUCGAGUUCCUCUGGCCGUUCUGGAUGAUGUUGAGAUCAGUAUAUGACUCAUUCAAAUAUCAGGGUCUUGCAUUCUCCAUGUUCUUCAUUUGCAUAGCGUUGACGUCCGACAUGAUAUGUUUCUUCUUUAUUCCCGUGCAAUAUAUAUUCUUCGCCGCCAGUACUUAUGUAUGGGUACAAUAUGUGUGGUACACAUUCGCGGACAAGGGCGUGUGCGUGCCGACGGCGGCGCUGUGCUGCCUGGUGGUGUACGCGGAGGGCGCGCUGCGCGGCGAGCGGCUGCAGCCGUGGCGUCCGCUGGCGGCGCACUGCGUGGGGUACCCGGCCGUCACGCUCGGGUUCUCCGUCAAGUCCUACGUGGGCCGCCGCCUGCGCCUGCGCACGCAGCGCCACGUGCGCCGACAGAACGACUUCUACUUCCAGCUCAUGCGCGACGCGCUGCCCGAGUCCGCGCUCGACCAGAGCCAACAACAGCCGCCUAAGGAGGCGGAGCGCAGCUGGUCACAAGCGGCGGAGAGUCCGGCGCACGCCAAUAUGAACGGGUCCGCCGGCCGCCGCCGCUGCGGGAAGCCCGAGCUCAACGGACACUGCGUGCCCGACAUUGUCAAGGUGAGUCUCGGCCACCACGCACAGUACAUGAACGGGUCCGCCGGCCGCCGCCGCUGCGGGAAGCCCGAGCUCAACGGACACUGCGUGCCCGACAUUGUCAAGGUGAGUCUCGGCCACCACGCACAGUACAUGAACGGGUCCGCCGGCCGCCGCCGCUGCGGGAAGCCCGAGCUCAACGGACACUGCGUGCCCGACAUUGUCAAGGUGAGUCUCGGCCACCACGCACAGUACAUGAACGGGUCCGCCGGCCGCCGCCGCUGCGGGAAGCCCGAGCUCAACGGACACUGCGUGCCCGACAUUGUCAAGGUGAGUCUCGGCCACCACGCACAGUACAUGAACGGGUCCGCCGGCCGCCGCCGCUGCGGGAAGCCCGAGCUCAACGGACACUGCGUGCCCGACAUUGUCAAGGUGAGUCUCGGCCACCACGCACAGUACAUGAACGGGUCCGCCGGCCGCCGCCGCUGCGGGAAGCCCGAGCUCAACGGACACUGCGUGCCCGACAUUGUCAAGGUGAGUCUCGGCCACCACGCACAGUACAUGAACGGGUCCGCCGGCCGCCGCCGCUGCGGGAAGCCCGAGCUCAACGGACACUGCGUGCCCGACAUUGUCAAGGUGAGUCUCGGCCACCACGCACAGUACAUGAACGGGUCCGCCGGCCGCCGCCGCUGCGGGAAGCCCGAGCUCAACGGACACUGCGUGCCCGACAUUGUCAAGGUGAGUCUCGGCCACCACGCACAGUACAUGAACGGGUCCGCCGGCCGCCGCCGCUGCGGGAAGCCCGAGCUCAACGGACACUGCGUGCCCGACAUUGUCAAGGUGAGUCUCGGCCACCACGCACAGUACAUGAACGGGUCCGCCGGCCGCCGCCGCUGCGGGAAGCCCGAGCUCAACGGACACUGCGUGCCCGACAUUGUCAAGUUAGAGAAGCAGUCGCGAGACAAGAGCGCGACACACACGCACGCACACAGCGUCGCGACGUCCGUCGACGACGAGCGAAGUGAUGCGGUCAGAGGGGUUAUUAAAUCUUCUAGGUGUGAUAAAAAAGAGGCUAGUACAUUAAAAGAAGAGAAAAGGAGAAGUAAAAAUAAGGAUAAAGAUAAGGAAAGUUCCGAUAGUCAUAAGAGUACAGAACAAACACAAGUAGUUAAAGAAGUAGAAAGUACAAAAGAAAGUGUAAAAAAUAAAGAAUGUAAUGGUUAUAAAGAGAAAGACAAAGAAAAGGAAAGAGAACGAGAAGCAAAAGAGCGGGAAAGAGAACGCGAAAAGGAACGGGAGCGCGAAUUGCGCGAAGCGCGGUCGUGCUCGGAGGAGCUGAAGCGGGUGCGAGCAGAGCUGGCGGCCGCGCUGCGCAGCGAACAGGACGCCAGGCGGGCGCUCGCAGCCGCCGCCGCCAACGACCGCCAGCGCCGCGCGGACCUCGCGCAGCUGCGGCACGCGCACCACGCGCUGCAGCACAAGGUAUCAACGUGGCGCGGCACCAACUCGACGUCGGAGCGGCGGGCGGGCGACGAGCGGCGCGGGUCGCGCGCGUCGCGCGAGGCGGCGGCGGCUGCUGCGGCGGCGGCGGCGGGCGCGCGGCAGGCGCGCACCAUGAGCGGCGACUGCGACUCGGCGCGGUGCGCGGCGCGGCGCGCGGCGCUGGACGCGGACGCGGCCGGGCUGCGCGUGGAGCUGCAGCGCGUGCGGGACACGCUCGCAGUCGUGCAGCGAGACCUCGCGCACGCCAACGAGCAGCUGGAGGCGGCUAAGGCGUCUGCGGCGGAAGAAAGCGCUGGCAGCGCGCGGCUGGCGGCGCUGCAGGACAGAGCCGCGCACCUGCAGCGCUCGCUGUCCGCAGAGACGCGCGUCAAGCUCGACCUGCUCUCCGCGCUCGGCGGCGCCAAGCGGCACAUCCUCAUACAGGACGGCACAAUAUCGAGGCAAGAAAAAGAAAUAGAGGAACUAAAAGCUCAAAUGUUGGCCGUGAUGCCGACCGAGUACGUGACGGUGGGCAGCGGCACGUCCAAGCUGCGGCUGGAGACGCAGCUCGACCCCAACGCCUCCGUGUACACUCCCAAACAGCUCUGUUCGGACGCCUGA